GGGAGGGCCCGGGACCCGCCGAGCCUGUGUCCCACGGCCGCUUCCUGGCUGCCGCCUACACUCCGCAUUCCGUAGCUGGGUACCGACCGCCUGGGAGGCGUCUUGGGCCCUUCCGGGAACUUCCUCCCUGGAGCCGGCCCCUGCGCCCCGGCCUUGCCUGGCCCUAGCGGAGAGGCCAAGGCCCGCGGGGUGCAGGGACCCGGGCUUUGCGGGGUCCCGGUUCCGCCUCCCCACUCCCGCGCCUUCCCUCCCGGGCCGGGUUCUGGGAAGCCUUGCGGGGCUCUUUCGCAGCUCCUGCCCGCCCGGAGCGCCUGGGCCCUAGUAGGGGAUCCCACUUUUCUGACACUGCUUUGGGUUCCCGGGGCGUACAGCGAGGCCUGUAACUCGGGUAGAGACCCUGGAGUGGGGUGUGAGAGAACGGUCUGCAGGGAGGGCUCCGAGAGAGCCGUGCGGCACCAUGACUCCUGUGAAGACUCAGCACUCCCUGGCAGGUCAGACGUAUGCCGUACCCCUCAUCCAGCCAGACCUGCGGCGAGAGGAGGCCGUCCAGCAGAUGGCGGACACCCUGCAGUACCUGCAGAAGGUCUCUGGAGACAUCUUCAGCAGGAUCUCCCAGCGGGUAGAGCAGAGCCGGAGGCAGGUGCAGGCCAUCGGGGAGAAGGUCUCCUUGGCCCAGGCCAAGAUUGAGAAGAUCAAGGGCAGCAAGAAGGCCAUCAAGGUGUUCUCCAGUGCCAAGUACCCUGCUCCAGAGCGCCUGCAGGAAUAUGGCUCCAUCUUCACAGGUGCCCAGGACCCUGGCCUGCAGAGACGACCCCGCCACAGGAUCCAGAGCAAGCACCGCACCCUGGACGAGCGGGCCCUGCAGGAGAAGCUGAAGUACUUUCCUGUGUGCGUGAGUGCCAAGGCGGAGCCCGAGGAUGACGCAGAGGAGGGACUUGGGGGUCUUCCCAGCAACGUCAGCUCUGUCAGCUCCUUGCUGCUCUUCAACACCACCGAGAACUUGUACAAGAAGUAUGUCUUCCUGGACCCCCUGGCUGGUGCUGUAACAAAGACCCACGUGAUGCUGGGGGUGGAGACGGAGGAGAAGCUGUUUGAUGCCCCCUUGUCCAUCAGCAAGAGAGAGCAGCUGGAGCAGCAGGUUCCAGAGAACUACUUCUAUGUGCCAGACCUGGGCCAAGUACCUGAGAUUGAUGUGCCAUCCUACCUGCCCGACCUGCCCGGCAUUGCCAACGACCUCAUGUACAGUGCCGACCUGGGCCCCGGCAUUGCCCCCUCUGCCCCUGGUACCAUUCCAGAACUGCCAACCUUCCACACUGAGGUAGCUGAGCCUCUCAAGCCAGACCUAGAAGAUGGGGUGCUCACAGCACCCCCACCGCCCCCACCACCUCCCCCAGCUCCUGAGGUGCUGGCCAGUGCACCCCCACUCCCACCCUCAGCCGUGGCCCCCGUAGGCCCGGGCGCCAGGCAGGACGACGGCAGCGGCGCGCCUCCUUCAGCUCCAGUCCAGGGAGCUCCCAGGGAAGUGGUCGACCCCUCUGGCGGCCGGGCCACUCUGCUAGAGUCCAUUCGCCAAGCUGGGGGCAUCGGCAAGGCCAAGCUGCGCAGCGUGAAGGAGCGAAAGCUGGAGAAGAAGAAGCAGAAGGAGCAGGAGCAAGUGAGAGCCACGAGCCAAGGUGGGGACUUGAUGUCCGAUCUCUUCAACAAGCUGGUCAUGAGGCGCAAGGGCAUCUCUGGGAAAGGACCCGGGGCUGGUGAGGGACCCGGAGGAGCCUUCGCCCGCGUGUCGGACUCCAUCCCUCCUCUGCCACCACCACAGCAGCCCCAGGCAGAGGAGGAUGAGGACGACUGGGAAUCCUAGACUUGGGCCAUUGCUCCAACCUGGACACAGCCAGGACAAGCUCCUCAGACCUGCUGCCCUAGGAGGGGGCGGUGAUGGAACUGUCCCAGGACUGUGCGGGGACCACCUUCAGGGAGCAAGAGGCUGGCCUGAGGCCACAGGGCUGGGGCGGGGGCUUCUGUAUGCUUGUGCUCCACCGGGGGACGGCUCCACCCAGCCUGUACCAGGGUGUUCUCCUCUUCCCUAAAGAGGCUUCCAGAAAAAACAGCACAAAUCGAAGAAGAACUGAGCAGAAACCAAGAGUGCACUUUUAAUAAAGGACCGCUAGCUGUGCAGGAUG